AUGGCCCAGAGAAGGGCAGGGAACAAAGAGGCCAGCUUGCGCCAGGAUUCCCCUCGCUCUAAAGAAUCUUCUUAUGUUUUUAAAGUCGUUCUUCUAGGUAGCAGUUCUGUAGGGAAGUCGAGCUUAGCUUACCGCUACGUGAAAAAAGACUUCCAGGACUCUCUGCCAACAGUGGGCUGUUCCUUCUUCAAUCAGUGCGUCCCUGUAGACACCACCAUAGUUAAGUUGGAGAUCUGGGACACAGCUGGCCAAGAGAAGUACCACAGCGUCUGCCAUCUCUAUUACCGAGGAGCAAAUGCAGCUCUUCUGGUCUACGACAUUGCCAGGAAGGAAAGUUUUGAGAAAGCAAAAGUGUGGCUGAGCGAACUGGACAAGGAAUUCCUUCAGAAUGAAAUAGUUAUAAUUUUGGUUGGUAAUAAGGUAGAUCUUUCAGAAGAACGGGAAGUCACCAUACAGGAGGCAACAGAAUUCGCAAAAACGAAAUGUAUAUUAUACAUGGAAACCUCAGCAAAGUCGGACUACCAAGUGACGGAGCUCUUCAUGACACUAGCUCGUGAGUUGUUAAAACUGGAGCAGCAAAAAGAGACGCUGCUUCACUCAACACCUUGGAAGAAAUCGCGAAUUGAUUUGCAAGAGACAACUUUCCGCCCAAUGAAAUGCUGCCAGUAGUAAAGCCCCAUUGUCCAAAUAAGGCCAGGGGGACUGAGAUUUUUGAAGCAUUCUUUGAUGAAGAAAAAGAUCUCAAGAUGUUGAAGGGAGCAUAUUGCCAAUAACUUGGGAAUAAUCUUUAACAACAUGAUGACUUUUUUGUAUCUGAUUGCUCUAUAGCGGGGCUCCUUAACCAUUUUGAAGCUGUGGGCACCUUUGCAAUUCUGAUGCGGGAUAGUGGGCACAACCCCAAAAUGGCUGCUUCAGGACGCGGAGCCAAACACACAGAGGAAGCCCAAAUCCAGGGGUGAAGAGGGGCAAUUUAAAAAAUAGUCUGAGACAGAGGAGUGAGAGAGAAGAAAACAAACACUGUGGUGGCUGCUGCCCCCCCCCACAUUAUUUUAAUCUGCAUAGCCAAUUGGAUCUUCAGUGGCCAGUCAGAAACCUUGCUGGAUGACAGCCGCAUCCACAUUCUAAAAACCAGAGGUGGAAUUCAAGUAGGAGCUCCUUUGCAUAUUAGGCCACACCUCCCAGAUGUAGCCAGUCUUCCAAGAUCUUACAAAAAAGAGUCUUGUAAGCUCUUGGAGGAUUGGCUACAUUAGGAGGUGUGGCCUAAUAUGCAAAGAAACUCCUGCUAGAAUUCCACCCCUGCUAAAAACACUUGGUGGGUGCCAAGAACAUGGCAGUGGGUACCAUAGGCGCCUCGUUGGGGAUCGCUGCAACAAAAACAUUAGCAGUGUGAUGUCAUUUCUUUGAAGAGUUCUUUUCCUAUGAUCACUUUGUCCAUUUCAACAACAUGAAAGAAAUAAUAAGAUUUGCAGGGCACACCGAAGGCCCAAGUAACCCACAAAGGCAAAUAGAUCCAGAAGCCAUAGACUGUGGACUGCCAGGUGUUGGGUGCAAAUGCAUUUGUGUGCACACACACACAAAGCUGCCUUAUCCUGAAUCAGACUUUUGAAAUCUGAUUAUAUUUUACACGUAAAUAUUUGAUUGACUGCCUUCUUCAGGGCUUUUUUUGAGCAGGAACACACAGGAAUACAGUUCUGGCCGGCUUGGUGUCAGGGGUGUGGCCUAAUAUGCAAAUGAGUUCCUGCUGGGCCUUUAAAAAAAUCCCUGGCCUUCUUUAAUGUACUAUUCCUUUUGUUUAAAUGCAAUUUAACUCAGCACAUUUUGUAAACAAGCACAGUUGUCUACUUAAUUGGUUCUCUUGGCAUAAUUCAUGUCAUGUAAUUUUUAUUGAUCAAUAAAAUGUUUUUGAAAGUUAAAAAA